AUGUCCGUCUGGCCAUGUACUUCAACGAGUAAUGAAGGUCUUGUGAAGAAUUUAAACCGUAAAAGUGUAAUCCGAUCAAAUGAUGUGAUUCAUGCUAUGAUGAAGACGGAUCGUGCUAAUUAUGUAGCACAAGUGGAAACUCCAGAUGGUGGACAGAUUGGUGAGUUGGCGGCGUAUCAAGAUAGUCCCCAUCCUAUUGGGUAUCAUCAAACUAUCUCAGCUCCUCAUAUGCAUGGUCAUGCAAUGGAAUUGGGAUACGAAGCGAUUAAAAACGUCAAAUCUCCUCGUAUAUUAGAUGUUGGGGCUGGUUCUGGGUAUCUUACAGCAUGUUUUGGUCGAUUGGUAGAAGGUCGAGGUGGAUUGGUCUUUGGACUUGAAAUUGUACCUGGAUUGGUCCAUUUUGCAAAGAAGAAUAUUCAAACUGCUGAUAGCGAUUUAAUAGAUCGUGGAAUUGUGUCUUUGCGGUGUCAUAAUGGAUGGGAUGGACUACCAAAUGAAGCACCUUUUCAUUUUAUUCAUGUUGGAGCUGCUGCUGAGACUCCACCUCAAGCUUUAAUGGAUCAAUUGGCAGAUGGUGGACGUUUGGUAGUACCAUUGGAUGAGCCACGUGGUGGUCAAGUAUUAGUGGAAAUUACACGACACGGUACAAGUUACUCGCAGCGUCGUUUAUUUGGUGUCUGCUAUGUGCCACUUGUUCGUGAACGUGAGCGCAAGAUGAGCUAA